AUGGCAGCGGCCAGAACCACACAACCAAAACAUGGGACCCACACGCUGGCCUUCUUCCAGGACCUGGCUCCAUCCACACUGAGGAAACCCAGAGACCUAAAACCCCUUACCACAGCACUGACCCAAAAAGGACUGAGAUACAGAUGGGGCCAUCCCUUUAAAAUGCAAGUCCACAUGGGAGACCAAAAACACGUUCUAUACCACCCGGCCAAAAUGGAAGAAUUUGCAGCGACCCUGGGGCUACAGCUUAUCACUGGGGUUCCAGCAAAAGACCAACGCAACAACAACGAACCCAGAGAGACCCACAACACCGACCACAACCAACAAAUACCCCGACAACAAGCUAAGAAAAGACCCCCCCCCAACAACCGGGACUGCCACCCAGGCACUCACGACCUGAAACUGGCCCCCUUGGCCGCUGGACUCUCUCUCUGA